AUGGCCCCAGCUCUCCCUAGAAUCGCUUUCUUCCACGGAGGUGGUUCGAACUCUACUAUUUCAGAGAUUCAGUGCUCGCCAACGGCCCAUGCAUUGCGAAACGAGUAUGAAUUCGUAUUCUUUGACGCACCAUUUGAGCGUUCAGCAGGCCCUGAAGUCCUUCCAGCAUUCAGAGAUGAAAUAUACCAGCCUUAUCGGAGCUGGUUCACUUCCCCAAAUGGAAUAGAGCUCACUGAUGGAAGUGGAUUUGAGAGCUCCGGUAUGAUGGAGGAGGAUGGAAUUGAUAGAGUGUGGGAUAUGAUGAGGCAAAAGGGCGGUAACUGGGUGGCAGCAAUGGGUUUCAGUCAAGGGACUAGAGUAGUUGGUGGCUUAUUGCUAGAUCAACAGAGGAGGAAGGAAGCAGGUCUUUUCAGAAAUGGAGAUAUUGAUUUGCAGUUUGGUGUGUUGUGUAUGGGUGGGGGAGCACCUAUGGUCAGCUCGAUAUCACGAGAUGGAUCCAACAAGCUUGAUCUUAUCAAAGUGCCCACUUUACACUUGCAUGGCACUAUAGAUCCAAACUACCAGCGUGGCAAGGAGCAAUUCAAAACUUACUACGAUCCUCAACAUUCUGCUGCCAUUGAAAUUGAAUACCGGCACGCCAUGCCCUGGAAGAAAAGUGAUGUGGAAAAGUUUGUUCAAUGUAUUAGAAAGAUAGCAGGCUUCGUCCCGGUUCAGGAGAAGCGCGGAUGGUGA